UUGGUGCAAAGGCUGUAACUCUCAGAAGAGGUGACAUGAGAAUUAGCUGUUGAAGUCGUCAUGUGAGCUGAGAAGACACAUUAAUAGGAAGUCGGGGGCGCAGGAGGAAAGGAGAAGCAAUGUCACAAGAUGGAAAGGCUUCUUACUGUGACGCACUGACUUGGCAGAUGUUGCCCCGAUUGACGUAGGACCCAAGUCGCUUGGGCCAAGGAUGAGCAAGCCGACAGACCUGCAGCACGACCUGGAACGAAGCCUGCCAGCCAUAGCGUCCAUCGGCACCUCGUUCUCCCAGAGCCAGGGCAUCUCCCCGUAUUGCUACUUCUCCCCGGAGAAGAGGAAAGCCAUCUCGGACGUGAGGAGGACCUUCUGCCUCUUCGUCACCUUCGACCUGCUCUUUAUCUCUUUGUUGUGGAUAAUCGAAUUGAAUACCAAGGAUGGCAUUCAGAAGAACUUGGAGAAUGAAAUCAUCAAUUACAAUUUUAAGACCUCUUUCUUUGAUAUAUUUGUCUUGGCUUUCUUUCGUUUUUUUGUGUUGCUGCUGGCCUAUGCAAUCGUAAAGCUGCGCCACUGGUGGGUCAUAGCGGUCACUACAUUGGUAUCCAGCGCCUUCCUGAUUGUGAAGGUCAUCCUCUCCGAGCUUCUGACCAAAGGGCCUUUCGGCUAUUUGCUUCCCAUCGUCUCGUUUGUCAUUGCUUGGCUAGAGACUUGGUUCCUGGAUUUUAAAGUCCUAACUCAGGAAGCAGAAGAGGAACGAUGGUACCUGGCAGCCCAGGCUGCAGCCUCUCGCGGCCCCCUGCUCUACCCCGGAGCCCUUUCCGAGGGGCAGUUCUACUCCCCGCCAGAGUCCUUCGCAGGGUCGGACAACGAGUCGGAUGAGGAAGGUGCAGGGAGGAAGGUGUUGACAGCUCAGGAGAAAGAAUAUGUCCGACAAGGCAAAGAUGCAAUGGAGGUUGUGGACCAAAUCCUCGCCCAGGAGGAGAACUGGAAGUUCGAGAAAAACAAUGACUUUGGUGAUGUUGUUUACACUUUUGAAAUACCUUUCCAUGGCAAGACCUUUAUUUUAAAGGCUUUCCUGCAGUGCUCUGCUGAAACAGUUUACCAGGAGGUUAUUCUCCAGCCUGAGAAGAUGAUCCUGUGGAACAGAACAGUGGCAGCUUGCCAGAUCUUGCAGCGGGUCGAAGACAACACGAUCGUCUCAUACGACGUGGCAGCUGGGGCCGCAGGCGGUGUUGUUUCCCCAAGGGAUUUCGUGAACGUGCGCCGGAUCGAGAGAAGAAGAGACAGGUACAUUUCCUCAGGGAUGUCGACCACGCACAGCCUGAAGCCUCCGCUCUCCAAGUAUGUCAGGGGUGAGAACGGGCCUGGAGGAUUCAUCGUACUGAAAUGUCCCAGCAACCCCAGGGUCUGCACGUUCAUCUGGAUUCUCAACACGGACCUGAAGGGUCGCCUGCCCCGUUACCUGAUCCACCAGAGCCUGGCUGCCACCAUGUUCGAGUUCGCCUUCCACCUCCGCCAGCGGGUCAGCGAGCUUUCCGGCAAGCCGUGAGCAGCGGGGACCUGCCCUCGCCGGACAUUCCUCUGCCCUCUCUCCUCUGCGGCCGGGGGACAGCUGGGAGGGGACCCAGCGGCCCCCAGGGCCUUGCCACGACCCCCCAGGAGAGGAUACCCCGUACUAAUAGUGCUGAGAUGAAGCUGGGGGGUGCUCAGCUCCUUCUCCCAGUUCCCUCUAACUGGGGCCCUGAAACCACUGACUGUUGCGUGCCAAACCCCUGCCCCCCUCUGGAUCUGACCUCCUCCUGUCCCUCACCCAGGGGCUGGGGGCUCAUCUGUGACCCCCACACUCCUGUAUUGUGCCCCGGUUCCAUGAGGAAGAGGGGCCAGAGGAGAAGGCCACGUUAGGGUGAGGACACAGGUCUGUCCCCUCUCACUGUCUGUCCAGAUGAAGCCCCGGGCCGGGCUCUGACCCUGCGUGCGUGGGGGCAAAGGGGCAGCUCGUGCCCGACUCACGGCCGUCAUCCCGAGGGCUCUGCCCCCCACCCCGCUCCCUGUAAGAGGGGAUGGGGGGGGGGAAUCUGUGCAGGGGACCCCCUUUAGGGCUGUCCCCUGGUGCUUUGGGCUGCCCAGGCCUCCCCGUGGGGCUUGGCUGAGCUCACCCCGCCGCCUGCAGCUCCCGGCGGAGGCAGAGCACGAUUUGCCUUAAGCGGAGACUUUUAUCCUUUCUGGGGGGUGGCAGGGUUGGGGGGGGGGGGGGGAUGCGGGGGCGACUGCGGCUUCUUUCUACCUGUGAGCGCCGGUGCCGUGUUCUGCACUAUAAAUGGAAACAGCGCGAAGCCGCCCGCACGCGGGGGCACACGCCGGCAGUGCUGCGGGGAGGGGGGAGCACCCACACCGGCCCCCCCCGGGCUCUCUGCCCCCUCCCCUGCCGCCCUGGGGGUCCAGCACCCCGUGCCUACGAGGGGUGAUGCCUCUGGUUGGCGCCUGUCAGAAUAAAAAGCCUUGCACUGUU